AUGGUUGCUAUCAAGCUGGACAUGGAGCAAUCAUAUGACCGCAUGUGUUGGACAACUCUUUAUGAGAUGAUGAAAAAAAUUGGCUUUCCCGUUAAGUACAUGAAGUUGGUGAUGGAAUGCAUUAUGGAGCCAAGGUUUUCUAUCUUAAUCAAUGGAAGACUCUCCAAGUGGAUCAUGGGGAGGAGUGGUUUCUGUCAGGGCUAUCCGCUCUCCCCUUUUCUGCUUAUCAUUUGUUCCCAAUUAUUAUCUAAUGUCCUUCUCCAGGAAGGCAAGGACUUAGGCAUCAAGGUUUCUUCAAGGGGGCAGAAGGUAUCACAUUUUCUUUAUGUAGAUGAUGUCCUUUUAUUAUAUGAUGCUAAGCUAAAGAGCAUUAAGAAGAUAAAGAGCAUUGUAAGUAAUUAUUGCGGCUGGACAAGAGAAAGACCGAAUCUUCAAAAAUCUUCAAUGAUUAUUGGUAGAAUAGUUGAGAGUAGAAGGAAGAAGAAAAUUGCAAGGAUCAUGGGGAUUAAGGUGGUAGAAGAAUUUGACUAUUUGGGAACAAAGUUGUCUUUAAGGAGAUUGAGGAAGGAAGAUUUUCAAUUCUCAUUGGAUAAAUCCUUGAAGAUUUUAAAUACAUGGGGAAAUAGAUAUAUUUCCCUUCUUGGAAAAUUGGUUCUGGAAAAAUUAGUUUUUUGUAAUCUUCCAUUAUUGUUAAUUUCUCAUUCCCUUAUUCCAUUAAGUGUUUUGAAGGAAUUUAAGAAGUAUUGCAGGAAUUUUAUUUGGAAUAAACAAGAUGGAAAACAUGGGAUGCAUUAUGUGGCUUGGGAAGAGCUGUGCAAACUGAGAGCAUUGGGUGGAUCUUCAUUCGACUGUCUAAAGCUUAGAACCAAUGAGAGCAAUGUUUGCUUGGAAUCUAGUAGAGAAGCCAAAUUCUUUCUUAAACAGGAAUCUGUUGGCCAGAUACAGUUAAGAUUGGUGGAGAAAUGA